AUGAAGAUCAACAUAAUUCUCACUUUCAGUGCCCUGGCCACGACGGCUCUGGCCGGCCCUUUCGGAAACGACGCCCCAAAACUUGACGGCCUCCCCAAAGAUAAAACUCUGCCCUUGCACCAACUUCCGGACUGCUGGCAAGACUGCUUCCAGUCGAAUAACAAAUGGUUCUUCCACGAUAUUUACACCAUCAGCCAAUACGACUUUUGCGAGGAUAAGGGGGCGCAUAGCCGAAAUUGGUAUGUCUACCGCGUUGACUAUUGCGUCCCCAGGGUCUGCAAGGACCGCGCAGAGCGCCAAAAGGGCAGGAACUGGUACAACGCGAUCUUGCAAUACACAACGCGCCUAAUCAUCCCUAUACUCGCUAUGAAACUCAUCGCGCUUCUGGGCGUGGCCGUCUUGGCUGCCACUGCCAGGGCCGGCGAAGGCAAAAAUGCCCCAAAGCUGGAUGGGUUGCCGAAAGACAAACGCCUACCUCUGCACCAGCUUCCUGAGUGCUACCAAGAUUGCAUCGAGUCGAACAACAAAUGGUACUUCCACGACAUCUAUACCAUCAGCCAGUACCACUUCUGCGAGGACAAGUGGGCACACUUCCGAAGCUGGGACGACUGGCGCAUCCAGCACUGCCUUCCACGCGCAUGCCCCGACGGAACAGUCCACGAAAAAGCUGCAAAUUGGUUCGACGCCAUAUGUCGGCAGUAUUGA